GUUUCUCUUCCACUCUUCUUCCCCUUUAUUCUUCCCCUGUCCGUCUGUAUUCUGCACCCAACUUGCCCCCAUCGCCGCCAUCAUGAGGUACGCUACCCUCGCUCUCUUGCCGCUGCUGGCUUCAGCGUCGCCCGUCGUCAUCGACACCAUCCACAAGGAUGCCGCCCCCAUCCUCUCCUCGGUCCACGCCCAAGAGGUGCCCAACUCGUACAUGGUCGUCUUCAAGAAGCACGUCAAGCACACGGAUGCCCACCACCACCACAGCUGGGUCCAGCAGAUCCACUCCAAGAAGCAGGAGGAGCGCAUGGAGCUGCGGAAGCGCUCCCAGCUCCCGCUGACCACCGACGACGUCUUUGACGGCCUCAAGCACACCUACAACAUUGUCGGAAGCCUGCUGGGCUACUCGGGCCACUUCGACGACGAGACCAUCGAGCAGAUCCGGAGGCACCCUGAUGUGGAUUACAUUGAGAAGGACUCGAUUGUCCAUACCAUGGAGAAGCCGGGCAAGGAGGAGCACGAGACGGAGAAGAACGCCCCCUGGGGUCUGGCUCGUAUCUCGCAUCGCGAUUCAUUGAGCUUCGGCACCUGGAACAAGUACCUCUACUCUGCCGAUGGCGGUGAGGGUGUUGACGUCUACGUCAUCGACACCGGAACCAACAUCAAGCACGUCGACUUCGAGGGCCGUGCUCACUGGGGCAAGACCAUCCCUCAGGGCGAUGCUGACGAGGACGGCAACGGUCACGGCACCCACUGCUCGGGCACGGUGGCCGGCAAGAAGUACGGUGUAGCCAAGAAGGCCAACAUCUACGCCGUCAAGGUCCUUCGGUCCAACGGCUCCGGCACCAUGUCCGAUGUCGUCAAGGGCGUCGAGUAUGCCGUCCAGGCUCACAACGAGGCUCUCGAGGCCGCCAAGAAGGGUAAGAAGAAGGGCUGGAAGGGCAGCGCAGCCAACAUGAGCUUGGGCGGUGGCAAGUCCACUACUCUCGAUCUUGCCGUCAACGCCGCCGUCGAGGCUGGUAUCCACUUUGCUGUCGCUGCCGGUAACGACAACGCCGACUCGUGCAACUACUCCCCUGCCGCUGCUGAGAAUGCCGUCACCGUCGGUGCCUCUACUCUUCUCGAUGAGCGUGCCUACUUCUCCAACUACGGAAAGUGCAACGACAUCUUCGCCCCUGGUCUGAACAUUCUCUCGACCUGGAUCGGCUCCGAGCACGCCACCAACACCAUCUCGGGAACGUCGAUGGCCUCCCCCCACAUCGCAGGCCUCCUGGCCUACUUCCUCUCCCUUCAGCCCGCAAAGGACUCGGCCUAUGCCGUUGCUGACAUCACCCCCAAGAAGCUCAAGGCCAACCUCAUCUCCAUUGGCACCGUCGGCGCUCUCAGCGAUGUUCCUAGCAACACCAAGAACAUCCUCGCCUGGAACGGCGGAGGCUCCUCCAACUACUCUGACAUCAUCAACAAGGGUGGCUACACCGUCAAGAAGGCCGAGAAGAAGGAGGAUAGCAUCACCGUCACCAUUCCCUCCAUCUCCGAGAUCGAACAGGAUAUUGAGGCCGAGUUCGAAAAGGCCAAGCAAGCUGCUAGCCGCACUGGACACAGUCUUCACGGCAAGUUGGAGAAGCUCUCGGAGGAAAUCGAGGACUUCGUUGCGGGCGAACUUGAGGGAUUCUUCAAGGAAUUCAAGGAGCGUGUAGCUCGCGAGUAAGCAUCAUGGUUGACCUGCUUUGGUUGUAUUUCGGAGCUGUACGAGCAUUGAUAUCCAGCCGUCUGCGGAUGCUGGCAUACUGAGCGACGGUGGGCGCACCGCCGCGCAUACAUUGGCACAAGGGGUACACAGACGGGAUCUGAGAUGGGGUUCAUGUGGGCGCCGGAUAUGAGUUUGCAUCAUCGAUUUCUCUUACUUUUGGGUCUUGGAAGAUUUCUU